AUGGAUGCGAUGCAAAAGGGGCUUAGAGCACCCGUUAGUACACCUCCCCUUUUGCAAGACAGGAUCAACGCGGACAACGUUGAGCUUGCUCGGUGCAAACCGUCAGACUCUGCGGCUCCUGCCUCAUGGGACAGUCCUGAGGAGCAGUCCGUUGUGCCUUUGAAUAGGGAAAGCCAAGACAGCAGUAGGAUUCAGGUGUCUGUAAUUCUGCCAGUGUACAAUGCUGAAUGCUGGUUGGAUGAGUGUUUGAAAUCUCUUCUGGAGCAAGAUUUCCAAGGUUCCAUUGAACUCUCUGUUUUUAAUGACGCUAGUACGGACAAUUCAGUAAAUAUAAUAGAAAAAUGGAAAGUUUUGUUAGAAGAAAUGGGCAUUCGAGUAUGUGUUGGAGGACACUGUUCACCUCAGCCACGAGGAGUUGGCUUUGCUAAAAAUCAUGCUGUAGAUCAGAGCUUGGGGACCUAUCUCUGCUUUCUGGAUUCUGAUGAUGUGAUGAUGCCCCAGAGAAUAAGGCUGCAGUGGGAAGUUGCUACUCAGCAUCCAAAAAGUAUUGUAGGUUGCCAAGUUAAGAGAGAACCAGCAGGGGCCACUGAGCGAUACACUCGUUGGAUCAAUAGUCUAACAAAUGAGCAACUUGUGACUCAGGUUUUUACUUCCCAUGGACCCACUGUUAUUAUGCCAACGUGGUUCUGCUCCCGAGAAUGGUUCUGUCACAUAGGCAGAUUUGAUGAAGGAGGAAAGGGCACUCCGGAAGAUCUGCUGUAUUUUUAUGAACAUAUCCGAAAAGGCGGUGAAGUCUUUCGAGUUGACCAGUGUCUUCUUCAGUACCGUUAUCAUCCGCAGGCAACGACUCAUUCAGUUCUAGAGGAAACCAUCUGGACACACCGCCUCCUGUUUCUGGAAGAGAGAGUCCUCAGUCAGUGGACAUCUUUCACCAUUUGGAAUGCUGGUAAACAGGGCAGGAAGCUCUUUAGAAGUUUGUCUCCCGAAAACCAAAAAAAAGUGAUUGCAUUUUGUGAUGUAGACAAAAAUAAGAUCACAAGAGGAUUUUACACUUAUGAAGAAUCUAAGGAAAACCCCAAACCCAGAAUACCCAUCACACAUUUCAGAGAUGCUUCCCCACCUUUCAUAAUUUGUGUGAAACUGGAUCUGACAGACGGACAGUUUGAAGAAAACUUGAACCAGUUGAACCUGAAGGAAGGUGUGGAUUACCACCAUUUUAACUGAUGUUGAUGGUAUAUUGGGAAGUUGUACACUGCAAAACAAGUCAAAGGAG